AAAAACCUAUCCCCUCUCAACACUCUACUCUCUUCAACCCCAAACCUCUCAUGGCGACCCGUCCCGGGUGCGAUUUCGAACCCGACCAUCCCAAAACCUCUUCCGCCGCCGCCGCCGCCAUAACCCACAACCCGAAUCGAGUAGCAACCCCGCCAAUCUACCACCUAUCCUUCAACCAAAACCACACCUGCUUCUUAGUUGGACUCCAAAACGGGUUCCGGAUCUUCGACACGGACCCAUUCAAACCCUCAUUCCGCCGCGACAUAGACACACACGGCGGCAUUGGAUUGGUCGCCAUGCUUUACCGCAGCAACAUCUUCUGCCUAGUCUGUGGCGGACCCGACCCUAUUUACCCCAGAAACAAAGUGAUGAUUUGGGACGACCAUGAUUCUCGGUGUAUCGGAGAAUUAUCGUUCCGGUCAGAGGUGAAAAAUGUGAAACUUCGUCGCGAUAUGAUCGUUGUUGUGUUGAAUCAAAAGAUCUUUGUUUAUAAUUUCUUAGACUUGAAGUUAUUGAAUCAAAUUGAGACGGUUUCGAACCCUACUGGACUGUGUGAGAUUUCGCAUAAUUCGUCGCCGAUGGUUUUGGUUUGUUUAGGGUUGCAAAAGGGGCAAAUUAGAGUGGAGAAUUUUGGGUCCAAGAAGAGUAAGUUUGUUAUGGCGCAUGAUUCAAGAGUUGUUUGUAUGAGUUUAACUCAAGAUGGGAGGAGGUUAGCGACGGCGAGCAGUAAAGGGACUUUGAUUAGAGUGUUUAAUUCUUUGGAUGGUACUUUGUUGCAAGAGGUUAGGAGAGGUGUAGAUAGAGCAGACAUCUACAGCCUUGCAUUCUCAUCCAAUGCUCAGUUCCUAGCUGUCUCAAGCGACAAGGGAACUGUACAUAUCUUUAGUCUCAAGGUUGAUUCAGGGUCCCUGCCCUCAUUGCCAAAUGAUAGAUCUCACUUUGCAUCUGAACCAAUUCAUUCUAGACUUUCAUCUCUUUCCAUUUUCAAAGGGGUAUUGCCAAAGUAUUUCAGCUCUGAGUGGUCAGUAGCUCGGUUUCGAUUACCUGAAGGUUUGCAGUACUGUGUUGGGUUUGGCCACCAGAAGAACACCAUUGUCAUCAUUGGCAUGGAUGGAAGCUUCUAUAGAUGUGAGUUUGACCCUGUGACUGGUGGGGAGAUGAUCCAGCUUGAAUAUAUCAAUUUCCUGAACGUGGAGAAUUUCUGAGUCAAUAAAUUUGGGGGUAAAUAUUGUUAAUAUUAUUUUCUCAGGAGACUGGAAUUAAUUGUACAUAUAAACAUGCGAGUAACUAAAAUCGGCUUGGGAUUAACCCCAUUGCAUUGGGCGGUGUAAGAAAAGGUUCUGGUGCGUGCUUCUUGUUAAUAAUGGUGCCCUGUACAUUCACGUAAAAUAGUAGCCUUGACUGUGAGCGUGAUGAAAAGGGACAAACAUUUCUUAGGUGAUCA